CCUCUUCAUGUCUCAUUCUCAUCUAUCAAACCAUAACAAAACACAUCUUCUCUAAUCAAACACAACACUUUGAAUAUUUCACCCUUGCUUUGAACUCUCUCAAACCUCCAGCAAAGCGAGGGAAUAGUGUUGUCAGGAGGUUUGUGAUUCCUUAUCUGAGAUGAUGGCUUGUGGCUUAAGCAAGAGCCUUGGCUUGUCUUCUUCUUUGAAGAGACAGCAAGGCAUAGUGACGAUCCUUGGUGGCAUUUCGUCGAACACUUCAUCUGCACCUUCACUCAGGAGAACCUUCUCCGCCGAUUUGUCAUCCAAGACUUGGGUUUCCCAAAAUGGGUUUUCUCCUAUGAAGAGGAUCUCUUCCUCUGAGAAGCUUCGUGUUCCCUCUUCUCCUCCUGACGAUGACGAAGCGGAUGAAGAAUCAAGAUCCGGAGUCGAUAUCUGGGCACAGAUUCAACAAGACAAGAACGCUAAGAAAGAGGAUGAGACCGAACCGGGUCAGUCCAAUGUAUGGAGUUCGAUCUUGUCCGACAAGAAGAAGAACGAGUCGAGCAACGACACGGUUCCUCCGCCGUACGUUCAUCCUUUGAUGAAACGUGCGAGUUCUUUGAGCGAGAAAAGCCUCGAAAUUUGCACGGAGAGUCUCGGAUCCGAGACGGGUUGCGAAGGCUUCUCUUCGUAUGCAUCGUCGGAGACUGGAGAUGCUGAAAUCGAGAUUCAGGAGGAGACGAGUCUCGUUCUCAACGUGACGGAGACCAAGGUAGAAGACGAAAUAACAGAGUCUUUGGUUGAGGUUGAGGCUGAGCAAGAAUCACCAAUCACGGUUCCGAUUCACACACCUUGCAUCGAGCUGCCACGAGGAUCGUUUCCACCUCCGAUUCGUUCUCUUUCGAGCCAAUCUGGUUCGUCUCUGCACAUGAAAACUCGCCGCGAUAAUGGCCGAUUGGUUCUUGAGGCUGUCUCUAUGCCGUCGCACAACAACUUCGCCGCGAAACGCCAAGACGGACGCCUCCUCCUCACUUUUGCUGAAGUCAGCGACGAACCCAUCGAGAAAGAGGACGAGACUGAAUCGGAGGUUCAGUGGUUCGAAGAGGAAGAAGAAGAGAAAGAAGAGGAAGAAGAUGAGGCACCAGACGAGUUUGCCUACAAGCCCAAUGGGAUUCUCUAUAAGUUAGCACAAAAGCCCAUUCCUGUGACUGUUCAUAGGUUGGCCCAUAAGCCCAUUGGGGUACCAAAGAGAAACGCAAAAUGGCCUGUGACUGAUGAAUUCGACACC